UACAUGUGACCAGUGACGCGCGCGUCAAGUCAGCUGUGUCAAAAAAAUGAGAAAAAAAUUAGUGCCGUGAGUUUUUUGCAAAAAACUGAUCGCCCUUCUAGCAUUGAACGCUCAAUUGUUGCUUGGUGGGCGGUUUGAGGCCAGCGCAUUGGUUGGAUGUGAAUUUUUUCAGGUUUUAAAAUGGUUAUCAAACCACAUUUGAAGCGGACGGUGCGCAUUCUGCUAGUGGGAGAUCGGGGUGUAGGAAAAACCUCCCUGAUUCUCUCCCUGGUGAGUGAGGAGUUUCCGGAAAAUGUGCCGGCCAAGGCGGAAGAAAUCACGAUACCUGCAGACGUAACGCCGGAGCAAGUGCCCACUAACAUAGUGGAUUAUUCGAUUGCUGAUCAGACCGAAUCUGAGCUGAGCGAUCAGAUCAAACGCGCUAGUGUUGUGUGCAUUGUCUAUGGAGUGGACGAUGAGGAGUCGAUUGAAAGGAUUUCUUCGUAUUGGAUGCCGUUGAUCAGGCAAAACCACCCCGAUACUCAAUGUCCAGUGGUGCUGGUUGGGAACAAAAUCGACCUGGUGGAGUUUUCUACCAUUGAUGGCAUUUAUGAAAUAAUGGAGGAGUUUUCCGAAAUCGAGACCUGCAUCGAAUGUUCAGCCAAAACAUUGAAGAACAUCUCGGAAAUGUUUUACUAUGCCCAAAAAGCCGUGCUGCAUCCCACGUCCCCGAUAUAUUCGGUUGAAAAAGCUGAUCUCACCGAACCGUGCAAAAAGGCCCUGAUUAGGAUAUUCAAGAUAUGCGACAUCGAUUGCGACGGUCUACUCAACGAUAUUGAACUGAACAACUUCCAAUCGCGCUGUUUCAACGCUCCACUCCAGCCUCAAGUGCUGGACGAUGUCAAGGCGGUGUUGAGGAAGAAUUUGGAUGAUGGCGUGAGCCAAAACGGCGUUACCCUGAAAGGGUUCUUGUACUUGCACAGUCUUUUCAUCCAGCGAGGGCGCAACGAAACCACGUGGACGGUUUUGCGCAAAUUCGGCUACAAUGAUAAUCUUAACAUGUCCAAAGACUACUUAUAUCCCAGCAUCAAAGUUUCAUCGGGAUGUACCACUGAACUGUCCUAUCGCGGCCAACAAUUCCUGACUCACAUUUUCGAGAAAUACGACAAGGACGGCGACAAGGCCUUGUCCCCCACUGAAUAUGAGGAACUUUUCUCCACCUGUCCCACUCCCGCUUGGCCGGUUGAUGUCAGCGCCAUGGUUCCCACCAAUGAUAAAGGCUGGAUAACAUAUCAGGGCUACAUGUGCCAGUGGGCCUUAAUGACGCUAGUCGAUUUGCCAAGAACUUUUGAGUAUUUGGCCUAUUUAGGGUACAAUAUUUACGAAAACGACACUCAAAUCUCAGCAGUUACAGUUACACGGGAAAAACAGCUAGACCUUGCCAAAAAACAGUCAAGCCGCAAUGUUUACCAAUGCCAUGUGAUAGGGCCGUCUAGUUCCGGAAAAUCGACGUUUUGCAAAAGUUUCAUCCGCAACUCCAUUGAUGCCCAAAGUGUGCUGUCGGAUAAAUCCGGUAGUCCGACCUGCACGGUGAACACCGUGCAAGUGUAUGGGCAGGAAAAAAUCAUGGUGCUACGCGACAUUAACAUUAGAAACGUGUCUGAUCCUCUGCUGCCUCACGAAGUGCAAUGCGAUGUAGCCUGUCUGGUGUACGAUAUCAGCCAUCCGAAGAGUUUCGAGUACAUUGCCAGGAUUUACAUUAAAUACUUUGCCGACAGUAAAAUCCCGGUACUAAUAGUGGCUUGUAAGGACGACCUGGAAGAAGUGCGGCAAGAGUACUUGUUGCAGCCGCCCAGUUUUUGUCAGAAAUACAAAAUCCUUCCACCGCAACGCUUUAGUGUUAAGGGCCACUUUAGGAAGGACGUGUUUGUGAAGUUGGCCACAAUGGCCGCAUUUCCUCGGUUUCAAGCUGCGUGGAUUUUGUUUUAUAAGCGCAGUCCAUUACGACGCAUGGUACAUAUGUUGUUGUUGCGUCCGCAACCUACAGAGUGGUUGUACGAAAUUUGCAGAAACUUCCGUGAGUUUGGAGUGAUCACAACUGACCCGACAGUUUGGUGGAAAGCCGGUCUAAGUCUCGCGGCCGUCACAGCCCUGGGGCUCAUUGUAGCCAAAGUGCUGCACACUAGUGAUAAAGUCAGAUAAAAGACACACAUAAUGCCCUUGUGUAGUUUGCAGGUAGACUGUGUUGUAAUAUAAUUACACGAAUAUUAUCUCCAACCUCCUGUUUCUAAGCGUUCGAGCCGCGGGAGUUUUGUAAUUGCUCGAUUUGAUUGAGUCAAAUAUAGUUAUUUAUUGCGUUUGUGACCAACAGAAAGGCCCGGGAGCGACGGUGCUUUAUUCUAUGUAAGUGUGCUGUACAGAGUUGCGAACAAGGUUGUAAGAUAAGAGUCUUAUGAGUAGAAAAGUAGUGAGUUUGAGCUGUUUUGAAUAAUAAUGGAUCAGGCAAUUCAAUUGUACAAUCAACGAUUGAAUGAAGAUUACGCGUAGAUUCAUCAAAACUGAUUUUAGGUUGUGUUACAAUUUUGCCAAAAUCUUCAACAUAUAGGACAAAUAAAUGCCUUGUACAUUUGUGCUGAUAA